AUGUACUCUUUCAUUUCUGUGGCUUUUGUAUACUUUCUUUUCUCUCUCUCUCUUGUGUACUCUUUCAUUUCUCCCUCUUUUGCAUUCUUUCUUUUCUCUCUAUUGUCUACAUUUUCUUUUAUUCGUUCAUUAUACUCUCUAUUUUCUCUGCAUUGUCCAUUCUUUCUUUCUUUUCUCCUUUUUGUAUGCUUUCUUUUCAAUAUCUUGUGUAAUUUUCUGUUUUCUUUUCUCUUUUGUACUUUCUUCUUUUCAUUCUCUAAUGAGCUUUCUGUUUCCAUUCUAGUCUGUAAACUUUAUUUCUCUGCCUUGCAUAGCCUUUCUUUUCACUGCCUUGUAUACCGUUCUUUGCCUUGUAACCACUUUCAUUUCUGUUUGCCUUGUAUACCUUUUGUCUCUGCUUUCUACACUCUUUCUUACUCUACCUUCUCAAUCUUUUCUUUACUCUGCAUUGCAAACCCUGUCUUUUCUCUUUGCCUUUUCUACUCUUUCUUUUCUCUUUGCCUUUUCUACCCUUUCUUUCUCUGCCUUGUAAACCCAUUCUUUUCUCUGCUUUGUAUACCCUUUCUUUUCUUUGCCUUGAAUAACGUUCUUUUCUGUUAUGGUCCGGUUCCUUUCAUUGUAUACCCAUUCUUUACCCUCCCUUGUAUACACUUUCUUUUCUCUGCCUUGUAUACAAUUCUUAUCUCUGCCUUGUAUAACAUUCCAUUUUCUGCUUUGUAUAAUUUUCCUUUUUCUGCCUUGUCUAAUAUUUCUCUUCUCUGCCUUGUAAACCCUUUCUUGUCUCUGAUUUGUAUACCCUUCUCUUCUGUGCCUUUUAUACCCUUUCUUUUCUCUACCUUGUAUACCAUUUCUUUGUCUCUGUCCUGUACUCUUCGAAUCCCGUCAUUACGGCCCUCAUGCAAUCCUCCUCACUGA